UUGGCUGUGCUCACGCUGGUGCUGAUGUGGUCUUCUGAAGUUAGCAAAGCUGCUCUGCCGAUUCAGACAGAUUCUUUGGUUUAAUAUAACUUUGCUUUGUAAGAAUAAUGCCUUACUAUCAGACUUGGGAGGAGUUUGCCCGCGCAGCAGAAAAGCUAUAUCUUACAGACCCCAUGAAGGUCAGAGUGGUUCUGAAGUACAGACACUGCGACGGCAACCUUUGCAUCAAAGUGACCGACAAUGCUGUGUGUUUACAGUACAAGACAGACCAGGCCCAGGACGUGAAGAAGAUCGAGAAGCUGCACGGAAAACUGAUGAGACUCAUGGUGUCCAAGGAGACGCACAGUGGUUCCAUGGAGACAGACUAAAACGCUCUAGAGGCGCUGACCUUCUCGAGCACCUGGACUGAGUUCAGUGGACACAAUGGUUGUUGAGAGCACAGUACCAUCGGAGUGCAAUGUGGAGUCUGAGAUGGGCAGUUGUGUAGAGGGAGUGUGGUGAGAUUGAUGUGGCUGCCUACACUGAUUUAAUACAGUCAGAGAUGUGAUAUAUAUACUGUAUAUAUUUUAUUCUCAGGAUUCUGUUUUUAUAAUACUUUCUUCAUCAGAGAUCCCGUUAUCCUGCUUUUCCUUACCAGGCAUUGUGAUCACAUCCCUGAUGGUAUUACUAUAAAGUAAGGUCAGUGUAGGCUGCUGAGAAAUUUUAGGAAAUGUAGAGAAGAUGAGAGGUAAUGUGGGACAAAGUGUCCAAAAAGUACAAAUCCUCUGCUGCAGCGGAAGCAGCUUUGGCUCCUUGAUUUCUUUAGAAGAGCUUGCAUUUAUUUUCAGUUUUAAAGAUGAUGAAAAGAACGGGCAAUGAAAACAUUGCAUGUCUUUUCUAUUUACAUCUGUGUGGCUAUGUUGGAUUCGGUUUCAGCAUAGCAAGUGUUUUUUUGUUUGUUUUACUUCAUGGACUUGUGCCACAUGAAUGAAGCAGGACCUUCUGAUUUCCUAGCAAAAACGUGGAGAUAAUUUCUACAAAGAACCCUCCCACACCUCCAAAUGCCAUUUUGUUGUCAGAGAAUGAUUACGUUACAUGUUGAAUAAAUGUUUAUUUACCCCAGUA